GUAUCCCUCCGCCCCCGUGCCGAGACUCUCGCGGCCAGCUGUUCCUGCCGCAGCCUGCGCAGCCCCUGCCCGUUUUGGUGCAGCGGCGCGCGGGCGGGGGGAGGCUUGGGGAGGCGGGAUCCCUCUUUGCAAUUCGGAGCGUACGGAAGGCUGUGGGAGUCUGAGUGAAGAGCUCCGGGAGCCGGGGAGACGACCCCGCGGGCGCUGAGCCUGGGGCCAGUUGGGCCCCGCUUCCUGGGUGCUCUCCUUUCCAACAGGCACCUCAUUGAUGCCCAAGUCUCCGGUCUGCGGACUAGGUCUGGCGAUUUCAGGCGGCAGGGUGCAUCUGUAGAGGAGCGGCUUGAGAAGAAGUUGGAGCAGGAAAAUAGCGUGGAUUUCAGGAGCUAGAAAACUGUUCUUUGGUGGGAAGGAUAGCAUCUCCUGAGAUCUGCUGUGUGGGCUGGCCGGCAUAGGUGGUGAACAAGGUUCCUGUAGAAAUCUGGAGAUAGCUGUUGACUUUGAAUUUAAUUAAGAAAGAGCACCAAAACUGUUCAUCUGGAUCCAAGGUGUUCCUGUGAUUUCAGCUGUCGGGCUUACUAACACUGGAAGCACGAAAGAAAGGAGGGAGAUCAGUGCAGGUCUAUCUCCAGCGGUGGCUGUGGUGGCCUUGGAGUGACAGAAGAUUAUCACUUUCAAAAGGUCUGCACCUAGGAACCAUCGUCUUCCUUCAGUCUGAGUGCCUCUUCCCCCUGCCUGUAUCAUUGACAGAGGCAUUGUGUUUGGAAAGGGGACUGCGUGACUGCUAAACUGGCAGUUGACUCUAACUCUUGCUACAGAGUUUAGCUUUGACCCAGUGAAAGUGUGUCAAGAUACUGACCUGGAAUGCCAUGACUCUAUAGGGCCGUUGAUGUAAUCGGGCUGUAACCAUGACUAGGAGUAGAAACAAGGCCAAAACUGAAAAGAAAACUGGUGUAGAAGCUAAAACAAAGAGGGAGGCUGCUGACAUAGUCAGACCUGUAGCCAAGACCCAGGCUAAAGCAAUAACCAAGCCAGGGUUUCAGGCGAAUGCAGUGGCAGAGAUGAAGGCAGUGUCUAAGAACAACAUUGUUCCUGAGAGGAAAGAAGGAGCCCUGGCAAAUUUCAGUCCCAAAGCUGAAGAUGAGGCCACUCGAGUAUCUCCAGGUUAUUCUGUGGCUGAGGCUAGUGCUGAGUCCAGGUCCACGUGUAAAGAGAAAGCUGGUAUUGAUGCCUGGUUCUGGGCUGGGGAAGAGACCAAUGUUGGUCCCUGGUUCUGGAAUGGAGAAGAGACUGGUAAUCAUUCCAGUGAUAAGGAUGAAGGUAAUGUUGAUACUGGUACUCCAUCUUGUGCUGAGAAGUUAGAGCCUGUGGCCGGGGCUAGCUCUAAGGCUAGGCCAGGGGCUGAAGAGGAGGAAGAAAAUGUUAUUGGGAACUGGUUUUGGGAUGGAGAUGAAACUAGUUUUGACCCUAAUCCUAAACCUGUGAGCAGGAUAGUUAGGCCCCAGCCUGUGGUUGAAAUUAAUGAAAAAAACAGGCCCAAGGACUGGUCUGAGGUAACUAUCUGGCCCAAAGCCCCUGCUGUAACUCCAGCAGUGUUAGGAUUUAGGUCCCAAGUCCUAUCUGAGACAAGGUCUCCUUCAUAUAUUGUCCUGGCCUCAGCUGAAGAAAAUACUCAUUCUUUGCCCGGGGCAACAGUGUGUCUUUCAAAGAGCACACCUUCAUGCUUACAUUCUCUCCGGGAGUACCCAUUUGGUUCUGAACCCUGCGUUCAGACCAUAGAGGAGAUUAGACGCCAAAUCAGGAUCAGGGAGGUGAAUGGGAUUAAGCCAUUUGCUUGCCCUUGCAAAAUGGAAUGCUACAUGAAUUCUGAGGAAUUUGAAAAACUUGUUACCUUACUUAAGUCAACUACUGAUCCUCUCAUUCACAAAAUAGCUCAAAUUGCAAUGGGCAUUAUUAAUGUUCAUCCAUUUGUCCAAGAGUUCGUUAAUGAGGUAGGUGUAGUGACGCUUAUUGAAAGCUUGCUCAGUUUUCCUUCCUCUGAAAUGAGAAAAACAGCUGUAAUUACACUGAAUCCCCCUUCUGGGAAUGAAAGACACCGCAAGAUUGAAUUACAUGUUAAACAUAUGUGUAAGGAAACCAUGUCUUUUCCCUUGAACUCACCUGGACAGCAAUCUGGCUUAAAAAUACUAGGGCAACUGACUACAGAUUCGAACCAUCACCAUAUUGUAGCCAAUUACUUUUCAGAGCUUUUUAAUUUGCUUUCCCAGGGAAAUUGUAAAACCAGAAAUCUUGUUUUGAAAGUACUUUUGAAUAUGUCUGAAAACCCAGCUGCAGCCAGAGACAUGAUCAAUACAAAGGCAUUAGCAGCAUUAAAACUAAUCUUUAACCAGAAAGAAGCAAAAGCCAAUCUUGUUAGUGCUGUGGCCAUAUUUAUUAACAUAAAGGAGCAUUUCAGAAAGGGCUCAAUUGUAGUUGUCAAUCACUUGAGUUAUAAUACGCUCAUGGCCAUUUUCCGUGAUGUUAAAGUAAUUAUUGAAACAAUGUAAAAUGAGCCAGAAGUAAAAACAGAACAGUUUCUAAAAUCUAAUAGUCUGUCCUCAAAGAGCCUUGCAUAAUGCUUUGUUUAUUAUAGUGUGCACAUUAUAAAUUACAUCUUUAACAAUAUUACCUGUGACAGUCUCUAGGUUUCAGAUAGACCAUUUUGGGGGUCAAAUAAAUACUACAUUGUGAGCUGAAAGUGCAUGUUGAUUGUUAUCUUGUGUAGGUGGGGCGCUUCUCAACAUUUAAAUUAAUGAACCAGUUCAUCCUGAGUAAGCCAACUUGUUCAUUUAUAUCUACUUAGAUCCAUUUGUGGCUUUAAAUGGCAAAAAAAAUAAAAAAAAUUUUAAAAAAAGCCUUAAAAUCUAGUUUCAGAAAUAAGGCAUAUACACAAAAAAAGAUAACUAACAGAUUAUACAUAUAUGCGCACUCAUUGCAAAAUGUAUGCUCUCGAUAUGUAAAGAAGGUAGGGGUUUCUAUAAGCUGUUCAAUGAAAGAGGAAUUGUUUUUUCUCUUAUUCUCCCUGCAUCGUAUAACUUACUCUUCAACACAGAAAUGUCCUUGAAUCCUAGGUAAAAUGUAAUACUCAUUUUUAAAUGCUGCUGCUAAGUUUAUAACUCACUGUUAGGCUGUUUGAUUUAUGUCAAAGUCAUCUCAGAACAGAAAGGAGGUAGGUGUAGGGAGGAAACAUUUCCUGAGUACCUGCUCUUAUGUCAGAUACUGUGAUGGCACUAUACUUAACAGGUGUUUUUCCCUUUACCAGUAGUCCUGUGAGCUAGAUAAUGAUACCCUAUUAUAUUGGAUCACCUCUAAUGAGAAUUUCAGAGGUUUAAUAUUUUUUCCUAGAUUCCCAUAGCAGGCAAGUGGUGUAUCUGUUUUGUGUGAUAAUAAAACCCAUUCGCUAUGCUACCUUACAGUCCUCAGACAUUAUUAGCUGGUGGCCCUGAAGACUCUGUCUGGUUUUAAUGAUUCAGUUUGCUGUAGAUAAUGUCCCUGCCAGUCUUGCAGUUCUUCACCUUCUCCAAAUGCACGUCCAUUAGGCAUGUGGCUGUACAUGUCUGGGGUCAGGAGAAAAGUUGGAUGAGUAUAUGGAUAUGAACUGGCAGUGUGUUAAACAGUAGGUACCCAGAAUUGUUCAGUAAGAUGUAAAUUUGGAGUCAUCAGCAAGUGAAAUAUGCUAUAUAUCUUUAUCUUUUUCAAUGGUUACUUUUUUCAAAGAAUGAACCGUUCUGUACAUUGUUCCACAUGUUUAAGAAAAAUUGCUUUCUUCCUUGGAAAAUCAGUCUUUUUACCAUUUGUACUUUUUCCUAUUUCAUAUGUAUGUUAUGAAAUGGCAAAAGGCUCUAUCUUUUACUAGUAGUCUAGUCCGCUUUCUGCUUUUGUACCAGCCAAAACUACAAGAUAAACUUCAUCGGAAAAAUUUAGGCCCAGAAUUACAGCUUUAUCAACACAGAACAGGAAAGCUGAGAGACAAGCUGCUGUCUCAUCUGAUGUAACAGUGAUUCCUGGAAGUCUUAAUGGUUCAGAAAACAUCCCCAGGGCUUUUGGAUUAUUGGAUGUGUUCUCUAAGGCUCCAUAAUUCCAUAGUAGGAAUUAUAGUCUGGUCUGAGCUGAAGAGAAUGUCUCUGUUUGUGAAAAUAAUGGGUUAUAUGCUUUGAAAUUUUUAAACAGUUCAGAAACUAACACAAGAUCAUACUGUAAACACUGUUUGUAACUUGCUUCUCCCUGCCAUUAUCUAUAUAUUGUGAACAUCUUUCCAUGUCAAUAAA